AGAUGAACUACAACUCCCGUCAUGCCGCGGGGGGCCGCCCUGAGCGCUCGCUGAUUGGUCCUUUCCCCCGCGCACUGCCCGCUGGGAGGGGCUACCCGGAAGCGGCGGCGGCGGUUGCCAUGGUGAUCGCGGCCUAGCCGUAGCCGCCAUGUCCUUUAAGCGCGACGAGAGCGACCCGGGGCCGCUCGGGGCGCUGCAGAAGCGCCGCGUGGCCGAGCUGCUGGCGAGCUCCAUCCCCGAGGACGAGGCGCUGCUGCUGCGCGACGGCAGGCUGGCGUGCUCGCUGUGUCCCCAGCGGCCCGUGUGUGACACGCUGCAGACGCUGCUGCUGCACAGGGCGGGCAGGAAGCACCUGGACACCCUGCAGCGCUCCUACGGGCGGCCCCGCUGUCCCCAGGUGACCCCGCAGGGACCCCAGGUGACCCCACAGGGGGUGUCCCCAUCUGUGCAGGCGCCCCUGCUGGCCCGCACGCGCCGCCUGGCCCGCAGCGCGCUGCUGCCAUCGGCCCCGUACAGCUCCUGCUGCAGGAAACCCGCGACAAAGAGCUCCAGGAUCCCUGGGAUGAUCCCAAAAAAUUCCCAAACGCCGCCAGAGCCGUCCCGGAAUUCCGGGAAUCCCGAAAUCGCCGCACACAGAGAGGGUGUUCCCAAGGAAAGGAAAGCAGGAAGGAAAGAGAAUUCCCGGAAUUCCGAGGGAUCCAAAGGGAAUUCCCGGAAUUCCGAAGGGCCGAGCCCGGAGCGGCUGCGAAUCCUUCGGCACCACCUGCACCUGCGCAGCCAGGGCUGGCUCCAGGAUGCUGCUGGGAAUUGGCUCAAGGACGAAAACGCCGAGUUCGACUCCGACGAGGAGGAGCCGCCCCCUCUGCCACCCCCCUGAUGUCCCCAGAUGUCCCCAAAUGUCCCCAAGUGUCCCCAAAUAUCCCCAGAAACCCCAGAAUAAAUUGGAAAUUUUUUGGAAUUUU